AUUCGCAAUUUCUGUAAUGGAGGUUCGUAGCUUCGUAAACACGAGAGAGUCCGGAGACGUUCCCGGCUGGACCGCCGCUCGCGUCAACACGUGAGUUUCGCGAAACCGGCGUGUUCCUCGGAUUCGCGCGAUCGUCGCGUACCGCUACGCAGCGAGAACCUAACCUUAAGGGAAGCAUUUUCAUGCCGCUACUCUCUACUCCACUUUAAAUCCGCUUCCUGGCGAACUUCAGCGCACCGUCCACGAGGAACAAUUACCUUCUCAAGGAAGUCUGACACGGUAAGCCCGGCGGACCUCGCGCGAUUAGUCCGUCCGAUGACCGUACGUCGCAAAAGCGGCUCGCGCUUGAUCUGACAGGCUCAGGCAUGCACCUGAUGCAUGCAACGCAAUCGUACGCGGGCGAUCUUCUUCGGGUGUGCGUACCUUCGUCUUACGUCGCGCCACCAUGAGUGAGGAGUCUAGGAAGAUAGUGACCAGAUUCCAUCCCAUCCACGGCGAGAACAUCCUCCUCUGCGAGGACAGUACUGUGGCAGUGCGCACCACGAGCUUUGCCAAUUCGGUGGCCUUCAGCGAGAAGCCGUUACAACCAGGGGAGAUCUUCCUCGUGGAGAUUGAGAAGACGGAGAGAGGAUGGAGUGGACACAUGCGGCUUGGUCUCACCCUGAUCGAUCCGGCUUCGGUUAACAACAACCUGCCUCAAUACGCAAUGCCUAAUCUAGUUAGACUGGGCAAUACAUGGAUCCUUGCUAUAACUAGGAAUCAAACUAUCUGGGACAAUUUUGACGGUGGUCUAUCAACCACAUACACCUCUCUUACUGGUAUACCACCAGGAAUACCAGCUAGAGAGAAAAAACUGAUCACGGAUGGAGUCAACGUGCAAACGUCGCGCGGUGUCAUCCCCUUCAAUGCUCUAAAGCCAAAUAUAGAUGGUUCUUCCCAAUGCAUCCUACCUACAGAUGCAGGCAGCCGUAUCGGCAUUAUGUAUGUGCCACAAGCUGGUUGUCCUGAUAAAGCAGAGAUGCAUUUCAUUAUCAAUGGUGAGGAUCAGGGUGUAUGCGGAAAGGACAUUCCUUAUAAAGCGGGACCCUUGCGAGCAGUGGUGGAUGUCUACGGCACCACAAAACAAGUUCGGAUAGUUCAACUGUAUGGGGCAGUAUCAACGCUACAGAGUGCUUGCCGUGACGCUAUAUUGCAAUACACCAAGAGAAACGCAGUCAAUCUGCUCCCUUUACCGAGACUACUGAAGGACUAUCUCUUGUAUCAGUCACAGUGAGAAUCUGCUCAUUCCGUUUUCGUAUAUAUGUUUAGAAAAUAUUACCUGUUAAUUUCUAUAUCUCUUUCCCAGUGAUAUCUUCAAUGUUUGAUAUGUAUAUGCGUAAUAUAUGUUCUAUUAAUUAUUGAAGACUGCCGGGACAUAUAUCGACUCGAAGCGUUCGUGUGAAUUUAUUCGUUUCUAUACACAUAUCUUUUUGAAUUGUAUACGACAGAAACGGUUGACCACAUAAUGUAUCUUCAUAAUGGACCUUUUUUUACUUGUACAUUUUGAAGAUUUUUCUGGGGUGGAAAUGCUAAAUCAUGAUGUGUACAUAGUGUAACGAAAUGUUGAUCGCUGUAAAAUCGUGAAAUUCAGCGAGAUCGUAUUGAAAGUUUAAAUAUAAGUAUCAUUCGGAAAUGACAAUGAGUUAUUGAACAUAACGGCGCCAUAUAUAAAUGUUAGGUAUAUUUUUGGGCAGUUACUUUCGUUCUAUCUAUAUUUCCUGAAUUAUCUAUUUAUUAUGAGAUAUAUGUAGGAUUAAGUUGCAAUUGACACUGUUAUUGAAUAAACAAAAACGAACGAUAUUAA